AAAUUUUGUUACUUUUUUGUGUUGUGUCCCAUCCCAUGCUGCUAAAGCGGUGGUGAAGAUUGAAGAAGCAGUAAAGGCGAGCAUAGAAUCUGCGACCAAAUCGUUAAAAAAUCACGAGCAGUUAGGAUGGAUCGUUGGAGUGGAAUUUUGAGAGUUCAAUUGCAUUCCAAAAGCAAGGCAUUCCAUAGAGUUGGUGCUUCUCUCUGCCUUUCACCAGAAACCAGAACUCUUACUGUACCCGAAGCAAAUGCUAUAUUUUUCUGUGGUGAUAGAGUUGAAGGGACCGGUAACCAAGUGAUUGAGAGGCUAUCCGAUCUGCAGAAGCUAUCUGAAAUUAUUGUGUCUAAAUUUGGUUCUUCCAUCAAUGCUUGGGUUAUUCAGGCUUCUGCUUUCAAUGGACCUUUUGCCGUCUAUAAGGACUUCAUACCAUCCGUGAAUCAAUAUGGAGAGCCAAGGUCGUAUCAAUCAACAGGAUUCCCGGCGUCUACUUCAACCGUCUCACUCUUAUCUAAUUGCCUUGAAGAAGUAAGGAAAGUUGUUUCGGGAACGCGAGGAGAUACACAAUCUGGCUGCACCCCACGCUCCUCUGUCUCUCGACCCAAGACAUUCAUCCUUGGAUUCAGCAAAGGUGGAACUGUAGUUAACCAGAUAGUUACCGAGCUUGGCUCCGCAGAAAUUGCAUCCGAUGCGAAUUCACCCUGCUCUGGACAACCUGAGGAGACUUGUGUAGUACCUAAAGCAAAGGAAAGCUUACUGAAUAGCAUCACUGAGAUUCAUUAUGUUGAUGUUGGUUUGAACUCUACUGGGGCAUACUUAACUAACCAUCAUGUAUUUGAGAGAAUCACCAGAAGGCUCAUACAAGGAGCGCCUCAACUCCGGUUUAUCCUUCAUGGAACUCCCAGACAGUGGGGCAACAAACAACGAGAUUGGAUCAGGAAUGAAAAAGACGAAAUGCUCCGCCUGCUUGAAUCUGAAGCACAUAAGAGUGAGGGGAAAUUGAAAGUGCACUCAAGGUAUUACUUUGCUGAUAAGCCUCCUGAUUUGCAGAUGCACUUUGAAAUAAUUGCAAGUUUAGAUGUGAGUUGAUACUUCACUCUUGAUAGGUCCAAAAGAAAAAUUGUCUUCAUUAUCAGGAAGAUAUAAUAUUCUGCUGCAAACAAUGGUAGUGUAACUAAUAUUGUCUUCAUCAUCAGGAAGGUUAUAAUUUCCUCUUGCCAAAGCUAGAAGCUGGUUAAAUUCUCAAAUUCACUAGAUGUAUCACAAGUGACAAAAAAACGUAAAUAUGUAAAUUUGAUAGUAUUCUAUUAUAGUACUAUUCUACCAAUAAAAGAAGAGUCACUUUGUAAGCUAUGUUGAGUUUUUAAUCAUGGAAUCAUACUUGGGGUCUGAAGGGUUUAUAGCUGAUGAGGACUAUGGCGAUGGCGACGCUGACAUGGAUGAUCCAGGUAACGAUGAUUAAAGUUAAUACAUAGUUAGAUAGCUGUAUAGUUGAGUAUACACAUAACAAGUUCUUGUUCUGUAUAUUCCAAAGGGUAUAGUAAUUUUCAUCACCAAAAUGCAAGAAAGU